GAAGUAAAGAAAUGCCUGAAGGAGAGAGGGGAAACUUCACUACAGACAGAUAAACCUUUAUUCUGUCUUCAUACACACUUUCCCUGCUCCUGACCAGUUUUACCAAGAGAUUCUGCCGCGAACGACAAUUGACACUCUUAUCGGGAAAUUUAGUCAGAGAAUGGCAGAGAAGGUGCUGGUGACAGGUGGAGCGGGCUACAUUGGGAGUCACUGUGUGGUGGAGCUCAUUGAAGCAGGUUACCAGCCAGUCGUAGUAGAUAACUUCAGUAAUGCUGUAAGAGUGAAUGGAGGAGAAGGGGAUGUGCCAGAGAGCAUACUUAGGAUAGAGAAGCUCCUGGACACCAGCAUUGAGUUUCAUGAACUAGAUCUUUUGGACCAACCUGGCUUGGAAAAACUCUUCAAAAAGCAUUCUUUCAGUGCGGUGAUGCACUUUGCUGGUCUGAAGGCUGUUGGGGAGUCAGUGGAGCAGCCGUUGCGCUACUACAGAGUCAACCUCACCGCCUCCAUGAACCUGCUUGAGGUGAUGCAGGCUCACAGGGUGCACAAUCUGGUCUUCAGCAGCUCAGCCACGGUGUACGGAGACCCUCAGCACCUUCCCAUCGACGAGCAGCACCCCGCAGGCAGCUGCACCAACCCAUACGGCAAGACCAAGUACUUUAUUGAGGAGAUGAUCAAGGACCACUGUAACGCUGAGAAGGACUGGAAUGCAGUGCUUCUGCGUUAUUUCAACCCAAUUGGAGCUCAUUCCUCUGGCCUGAUUGGAGAGGACCCUCAGGGUAUCCCCAACAACCUGCUGCCAUAUGUUGCCCAGGUUGCCAUUGGGAGAAGAAACUGCCUCAGUGUAUUUGGGAAUGACUAUGACACACUUGAUGGGACAGGUGUGCGCGAUUAUAUCCACGUUGUAGAUCUGGCAAAAGGACACAUAGCAGCUCUGAAGAAGCUGAAGGACGACUGCGGGUGCAAGGUUUACAACCUAGGAACGGGGACAGGCUACUCUGUGCUCCAGAUGGUGAAAGCCAUGGAGAAGGCAUCAGGGAGAGAGAUCCCAUACAAAGUCGCCCCACGUAGGGGAGGAGACAUAGCAUCCUGCUACGCUGACCCUCGUGUAGCCGAGACAGAGCUGGGCUGGAAGGCCAAAUUUGACCUGGAAAGAAUGUGUGAGGAUCUGUGGCGCUGGCAGUCCAUGAACCCCACUGGAUUUUCCAAUGGCACAGCCUCUUGAUGCAACUCCAGCCUUUUGUUGUGGUUAAAUCCUCUUCUAAACCACUGGGCCAAAGCAAACCAUCAACUUCCUCAUUUUUGCAUAUCACAUAAACACACGAUGAGACCCUAAGAGGAGCUGAAUCUUUAUGUUUUGUCAUGUUUCAUUUUCUAUUUGUUCUGUGUCAGUGGUUAGCUUCAAAUUAUUGUUUACAGUAGAAGAAAAUGUCUUUCUAUUUUCUCUGUGUUUUUAUUUCAGAUUAACAAUGAAUAUUUUCUCUAUUAAUGUAUUGGUCUGUGAGCCAUAACAAUGAAAGAAUAAAUUAAUUUUCUUACUGAGAAAA